CCGGGAUACGUUCGCCAAGGGUCUACACGAUGGGUUGACGCAAACGCUCAUCUCAUAUAAUCCCAACAAAGAUAACUUCAAUUUUGCGCAGUCAACGGUGAGUAAACGUAAGGAGACCUCUGUUAGUAGGUAAGUUCUAUACGAAGCGCGCUACUAAUUCUACAAUGUACGAGUAUAAGUCUGAUAUGCAGCCGUGUGUACCUUCCUACCUUUUAAAAAGUCUCUCGGAGGUAAAUUAUCAUUAUAAUAUUAGAUACAACGUAUGUAAAAUAGAUAUUGCGUUAAAGCUACUUCCAACUAAAAUAUUGAUAAAAACAAUUUGAUUUGUUAAAUAAGGAAGAAACCUCACUGGGUAAAUAUAAAACAAAGUAGUGAGUUUAGAAUACACAUAUUAUGUAUGUAUGAAGAUUUGUAGUUCUUGAUAGUUACCGCUAGGGGCGCUGUGCCAGUUUCCAUACUAAAAUCUUAACGCGCACACGAUCGAAGGUGAACAUAACUAAGCUUUACUUAAAUUAAGCUUCGUUGUGUUGAUUCUGGUAUUCACCAGACUUAAUACCUUGCUAAUAUGUUUACGCCUUAUUAUAAUUACCCCUGCGUCUUCAAACUUUCGGCAGAACUGAUUCAUUUGGCGGGCGUGUAAUGGAUUCAACGAACUAUCGAAGCGAGUAAUGUUGACCUUUUUACACUAGCAAAGCGUCAAUUAAGCGUGUUAUGGGUAACUUAUUCUUUUUAAAUAAAUAGUAAACAUAUAUGUCAUUACCCUUUUAUAUAUGUAUUUAUUAUUAAUAUAUAAUAUUGUAAGCAACAUAAUUUGUAUAUACCAAUACUAUAUUUACUUUUAUAUCAAAUCUAUAAGCGAGGAACUGUAAUUGGCCGUCUGUUUUUGGUUAAGAAUGUCAUUCUGUAUUGUUAGCUGUCAUCCAUGUACACAUUUUUUUUUAUAUAUCUUACAGUUGCAUUGUUGCGGCGUAUCUAAUUACACAGACUGGAUAAGGCUGUCCCCGCAGAGGGUGAUUCCUACAUCUUGCUGCCUUGAUCCCAACAAUUGUAUCACGGCAAACUACAAUGACGUUUACCAUAGGGGUUGCUAUGACAUUAUUGUCGAAUAUUUGGAAGGCAACAUGGACUUGCUGAUAGGCAUCGCUGUAGGCACAGCACUUCUGCCAUUGAUCGGUACAAUACUGUCUUGUAGUCUAGCGAGUUAUAUAAAGAAAUCUAAAUAUGACGUCAUGAAUUAAUGCCUUGAACUAAGUAUGUAUUACAAUCUGUCUCACCAAUACGACAUCAAGGGAAACUUAAUAUUUCAACUCUGUUUUUUGAAUUCAUACAUGCUA